AUGCUUGGCGGAGUCUGGACCGCACUAGUCCCGAUUGGAUCAGCUUCCAUACAGCAUCACGUGGCUCAGGCCGCACUUCGCUGCAGCGCACUGUCAUACCAAUCAUCCGACUUGACGCCCCUUUUGCUGCCCGACCAUUUCUUGAUGAUGGGCGACCGUUCGAGGAGCAGAUCUCCCAUGAGGAGACCUGACAACGACAGAGAUCGUCCCAGAAAACCUGCUGGAGGGUUUCGGUGGAAAGAAAAGCGGCGCGAUGGCGACGACCGAGCCGAGGCCGAUGACCGACGAUUAACCCGCGGAUACAAGGACAGAGAAGAUCGGGCGCGAUCGCCGCGACGAGACCGAGAUUCGGACCGAUAUGGCGACAGACGCAGGGAUGACCGAUACAGAGAUGAGGAUCGCGAGCGACGACCUGAAGGCGAAGACCGGGAGGAACGACGCGACAAGAAAGACAAAAAGGAAAAGAAAGAAAAGAAAGAAAAGAAGAAGGUGAUCCCUCAAAGCUCUGAGCCCAUGAUCACGGUCUAUGUCAACGAUCGUCUCGGAACUCGAGCAGCUAUUCCGUGUCUUGCGUCGGAUCCCAUCAAGCUAUUUAAAGCCCAGGUUGCCGCCCGAAUCGGACGAGAUACCCAUGAGAUCCUGUUAAAGCGCCAGGGCGAGAGACCGUUCAAAGACUUUCUCACGCUUGCCGAUUACAGCGUUUCCAAUGGAGCGCAGCUUGAUUUAUCUGCCGCCUCAUCGGAUUUUCCUGUUUUCUCCCCGCCUCAAAACCAGUCAUCCUCUCCCUUACUACUCCACCCCUUGGGUUUCCCAAACGCUUCGCUGUCCGAGAAUCGUGAUAAGAUGGUGCGCAACAUCGUCGUCAUCGGGGGCACCUCCCACCCGCAACUGACUGAAACCAUCUGCGGCACUCUCGGCGUCCCGCCCGCCGACGUUCUAUUGUCGAAAUUCUCCGUGGGUGAAACCCGGGUGGAAAUCAAAGAAUCCGUUCGUGGGAAGGAUGUCUAUAUCAUUCAAUCUGGCGGUGGAAAGGUCAACGACCACCUCUUGGAAUUGUUGAUCACCGUCUCUGCCUGCAAAACCGCCUCCGCCAAACGAGUCACGGCCGUCCUCCCGCUGUUUCCGUACUCCCGUCAGAGCGAUAUCCCUUACAACAAAUCUGGUGCUCCUCUCGUGAAAUCAAACGUCAACUCGAAACCGGGCGCCCCUGGUUAUACCUUCGAGAGCACCCCGUCGACCCCUUACCCCGGAAACCCCGAGAGUGGGAGCAUGCUUCACAACGGCGUUGACAAUCUGCAAAAGGGCCUCGCAAGGGCCCAGAUCGACGAGGCCAGCAACGGUAGCCCCGUGAAAAGACGUCCGGCGAAUGGCCUCCCCCGCAGCGAUACGCUCGAUUCGUUUAAGACGGAAGCGACCACGAAUGGAAGCAAUGUCCAUGACGACAGCAUCGAGAAGAUCAACAACUUCCAGCCCCGGCCCGGUUACAAGCAAUGGGUGGCCCAAGCAGGUACCUUGGUGGCUGACUUGCUGACCUGCGCGGGUGCAGAUCACAUCAUCACCAUGGACCUGCACGACCCUCAGUACCAGGGUUUCUUCGACAUUCCCGUUGACAACCUGUACGGGCGACCUCUGCUGAAGAGCUACAUCCAGCGCAACAUCCCCAACUUCAAGCACGCUGUGGUUGUCAGUCCCGAUGCUGGCGGUGCCAAGCGCGCAACGGCCAUUGCUGACUCCAUGGGCAUGGAGUUUGCUCUCAUCCAUAAGGAACGGCGUCCGACCCGGAUUACGGAACGUCAAAACGCGACGAUGAUGCUGGUGGGAGACGUCAAGGAUCGGACGGCGAUCCUGAUCGACGAUCUUGCGGACACGUCGAAUACGAUCACGAGAGCCGCCAAGCUCCUGAAGAAGGAGGGCGCUGCUCAAGUUUACGCCCUCGUCACGCACGGAAUUCUUAGCGGCGACGCGAUCGACCGCAUCAACGCCAGCGCUCUCGACAAGGUGGUCGUGACCAACAGUGUCGACCAGGCCGAUCACCUGCGACGAUGCCCCAAACUGGAAGUUUUGGAAGUGGGCAAUGUCUUUGCAGAGGUACUGUCCCUCCCUAAUUUACCCGCUAUCGAAUCACUAGCUAAUAAAAACUUCAAGGCCAUCCGCCGAGUCCACCAUGGUGAAAGUAUCAGUACGCUCUUCCAGUAUGAGUAA